AUGUAUUAUCUAAGGCCAGCCGCGAAAAUGCAACAGAAGAAAGCCGUUCGAUUACGAGUACUUUUGUCAUCCGGCGGAAGCACGGGAGCUGAGAUACUGUUAGACAGAGGCGAUCAUGAUGCUGACCCGCAGACCGUUCGGGUGUUUUCUGUUUGUCGUUCAACUGUAACGCCCUUUCGGUGCCUAGCUGCCAUGCUACCCGAAGGAAGCAUGAAAGCUGGGAUACUGCCAAGACAGUGGAAGUCGAGAGGCAGAGGUCGGGUUCGAAACACAGAGUUCUCUAUCUAA